AUUCAUCGCUCUCCACGAACACCUUGACACAUACCUAGACAAGAGGGAGAGUGCCAUUGUUUGUCUCGAUGGUAUUAAGUCGACGCUCAAGCUCCAGAAUCUUGGUGAGAGUUUACCAGAACUGUGUGCAGACGAACAGCACAUUGACCUGUGUCGCUGUUUGUACAAGCUGCACUUCCAGCUCUCUCUUCUUCUAUGACACAUAUGCCAAGUUUAUUGUAGCAAUGCUACAUGCUGCCAGAAACAGCCAGGCUAGUGAUCAUAGCGUGGAGCUGAGUGCACUGCAGGGAAAACUCAUGGCUGCAGCAGAGCAGAUCGAUGCCACCCCCCCAACUACCCCCACUCGCAGCUCUCACUCCUUGCCACCAGAAAGAGAAUUGCCUGAGUUGUCUCCAAUUAUCCAGUUUCGCUUCACAUUUCAAUAUGUCUUUGAUUCUGGAUAUUUGAAUAUUCCCUUUAACUGCCUGCUUUUUAUUUCAAGGAGAGGAGGAGAAUGUGAGAGUGUUGGAGGAGAGGAGAGUGAAGGAGGAAGCGCAUGUGAGAGCAGUAUCAGUCGUGCAGAAGGAGGUUCCCCUGUCAGUUCCUCAUCCUUGGGAUCCCAGUCUCUGGAGCUUCCAGUUGCCCCCCCAGGUUCUCGACCAGAAGCAGAACGACAGCUCUUGCAGCUUGUUGCAGACCAACGAUGGGUUGAUGCAUUGCAGUUUGUACGUCAACACCGAGCUUUGUGGCUGCGAGAAGUGUCUGCUCACACCAAUGAAGACAUAACAAUCAUCUUGAAUACCUAUUGCGCCUAUCAUGCUGAUAAAAAACCUGGGAUGAUUGCUGUUUGUGGCACAGAAACAGAACUUCUAGAAACAAGCUCUCGCCUAACAGAAGCAAAUAUGUCUGCAUUGUCUGCAUUAAGAGCAAUUGAACAGACCCCCAAACAAUCAAGGGAUAGCCUCGAGUCUGUCAUACGUAAAACGGAAUGCUGAAGAUGGGUACACAGACAGAUAUAUCAUCUCUUAACUGUUUUAGAAAAUGCCAUGUAUGUGUGUAUGCAUUGAUUCCAGCUCCAGUGAAUGAGCUAAUAUCAGUUGAUAGAAUACAUAAAAAAAACAAAUGUGUAUUAAAUUGCACUGUUUGCCAUGAUUAAUUGGUAAACAGUGUAAUAAAAUGACAGUGAUUACCAGUGACUAAGCUUAGGUGUGGCUAAUUUUAUGUUGAUGCUUUAAAAGAAAACCAAGUGGAUAAUGUAAACAGUUCUAGAUAAAUUCAUAUGAUAUCUGUCUAAAAGAAUGUGUAUCACAAAGAGAGAGAAAAAAAGGAAAUCUACAUUUAAAUAUCAAACUUGCUCUUAAGUAAUAGUCCUUACUUAAAUGGCGAAUAGAUGUGUUAUUUUCUUAAGCAAGCUGUUUCUUCUCACAGAUGUAAACAAAUGAAUAUAACUUGAAGUGUCACGCGUUUCUUUAUAUUUCUAUCUUAUUUUUUAUUUUUUAUUUUAUAAUUAUUAUUAUUCAUUUAUUUUCUUUUUUUAACUUGUGUGUGCUGAAAAAUUGUACAUGUUCAUUAGCAUAUCCAAAAUAUGAAAAAAAUCAUGUGAAAAUGCUAGCUGUAUGUAAGACAAUUAUUAAAUGUUCCAUGACAGAUAUUAAUGGAUAUACCCAGCUUGAUAUGUAUAUCUGCUUCACUGUUUAGUGACUCCCUUUAUGAAUAAUAAAUUGGAAGAACAAUUAAUUAACUAAUUGUGCAAGCAUUCCAAUGAUUAUGUUAUUUACAUUUAGACAGUGUUACACUCCGCUAACCUUUUGGUCAUGCUAUGGAGAACAUUAUGUUACACCUUAAUACUAAUACUAUGUUAUAUGUUACCAGUACCAAGUUUAUGUAAAAUGUAAACACACUGAGUGCAAGAUAUCGCGCUGAUAUUAGCACAUUUCCAAAAAAUGCACAAAUUGUAGGUACUGCUGAGUUACUACAUUAUCAUUUGAAUCUCAUUAUUGCAUCAGCUUUUUGUGGGAUCAAUGUGCAAAAUGUCAAGUGUUAUUGUAAGCCUUUCGACUGAUCUGUUCAACACAAAAGAUGUCAAGUACCAAGGUAUAUAAUACACUCUUCCAGUGAAUGACAUUUAGACAAUUAGAAAUAAAUUAUCCAAACUGAUAGUCAAAAUAAGGUAAAGACAUUAUUCAUACAAAUAGUGUAUGUGGCUUUAUGAAAUAGAUAAAUAAAUAAAUUACAUUAUAUAUAUUAUAUAUAUAUAUUAUAUCUAUAUAUAUAUAGAUAUAUAUAUAUAUAUAUUUCAAAGUUAUAGGUUCUGAUUUUUUAUUUAUUAUAGAAACUUUAACCAGUACUUCUGUCAACUUCUGCAAUUAAAAUUCGCACCAAAUAUGCAUCAGUAUGAAUUUCAUUUGAUUUUAACCCAUAAAGGGUCAGAUCUUGUACACCACACAAACUCCCUGUUUCAAAGAAGAAAAUAAUGAUGAUCAAUUUGACAUGUAUCCUUUCAAUUCUCCUGCACUGCGUGGAAACAACCUUUUCAGUGGCUGCAUAUUUAUAUAUUUUCCUUUUGUUAUUGUCUUUUUGUUUAUUAUAGGGACUGAGAAUUGCAGGUCUAUAGAUUGGCUGUCAUCCGAUUCAUGGAAAGUGUGAAUUACUAACAUAAGACACUUUCUGGUCAAAGGACACCUUAAUAAGUCAGAGCAUUCACUGUAUCAUAGCUCUACAUAGCUGAUCAUUAAAUGCCGUUCUGUGCUACAUAGAUCUAGUUCUUUGACCCUUUAUUGGGUUAAUGCAUUUAACUAUGAUUUUUUUAAAUGUUUACUAUCUAUCAUUGUGUUAUGUGCAGUGGAAAAUUAUACAAAACAUAUUAGGUUGUUUACACAUUAUCAGAAGCAUGUACCUGGAAAACAUUUAAAAAGUAACACAUUAUGAGAAGAAUGUACCUGGAAAAAUUAAAUAACUUCUCAGAAAAGGUAGCCAUAUUAUAAUAAUGAUUAGGCAUAUUGAGAUUUUGUGAGGUAAAGGUGAACCAAGGAGGCAUUAAUAAUAUAAAUUAUGUGUAUGCCAAAUAUAAAACUUGUGAAUCAGAA